GUUGGAUAGUAGCGACUCGAGUAAAGAUGAGUUUGUAAGUGAAGCGUUGGUGAUAAUCGAAGUCAGUUCCGAAGGUUUGGCUAGUUCGAGGAUGAAGUCGAAGUCCGAACCACUGGGCGAGAGUGCAUAAGACGGACUGGGGUGAAGGCGUUCGGAACGGCUGUCCGAGUCGACAGGACUGGCUUGAAGCGAUAGGGUUGCGAGAGAGAGACUCGGAGUGCGAUUCGAAGGUUGGAACGAGUGUUCGGAUUGCUCCAUAUGAGAGAAAGGGAUGUAGGAAGUGAGAGAAGGGGCAAAAGAGUCCCUGUUCCGAAGUACUCGAACCCUCCCUAUACCAUUUCCCUCUACUCUCUUGUCGUAGUCCUUUCGAACCUCGUUCAGAGUGUCGUUCGAACGUUGACUAAAUUAGAAUGUGCAGCACAGGAACUCAUAGCAAGAGAGGCAGAGCAAUCGAAGGGAUUAGAGAGCGCAACGUGGAAAGUUAUUCUUGAGAUGGAGGGUCCGUUUCCACUGAGACACCGUUAUACACGGAUUGGCUGUUUCUUCGCUUUCCGCGACUGUGUCUCGGGCUCUACACUGCUCGUUCACGCCAAGGAUCUAUCCGGAUCUAGGCUGUUCGUGGGGGCGAAAGUCGUGUAUUGAUAUUGAUGGAACCGGUGCCGUUCGUCAGCCUGGAUUUCGUAUUUGAGAUCCACGCCCUUUAUACUGGCGCUGAAUCCAACGAUUGUUGACACACCCAUCGCGGCGAUCGUGUUGCCGUUACAUCUCUUGUGACUAAUGUGUGUCGAGCCUAGCCGAAAGAUGUACCAAACCUGGAAGAAGCUUGGGUGCACAAGAGCGACGAAUGCGGACGCGUGUACGAGUCGGCCGUGUCGGCCGACUCGGCGCCUUCACAUCCGAUGGCCAGUGGGGUACGACGCUCUCCGCGAGGAUAUUCUUACCUGGUGUUGUCAUUCCCCCCUAAAGAAGUGGGCCAUCGAAAUGUUGAGUCGGUCCAGUAACGUAAUGCCAGCGCUAUGACGCACGUGAUU